AUGGCCGCCGCCGCCGCAUCCCCGGAGACGGCGCUCCCACCGACGGCCGACCCCGAGUACGAGGAAGACGACGAUGGAGAAGAGGAGUGCCGCAUCUGCCGACUCCCUGCAGAAGCGGACCGCCCCUUGCGCCGCCCCUGCGCGUGCCGCGGCAGCAUCAAGUUCGUCCACGACGACUGCCAGCUCCGGUGGCUCGCCGCGCGGCACCAGAACCAGUGCGAGGUGUGCAAUUUCGUCAUCUCCACCCGCCCUCUCUAUGCCGCAGACGCCCCUGCGAGGUUGCCCCUCUCCGAGCUCAUGGUCAGCUUGCCCAACAAGCUCCUGGGUCUGCUGGUCCCCCUCUUAUUCGCUGUCUACGUCGUCUGCGAUUCCUUCAUCCACCUUGCCACCCUCUGGACAUGGCGCAUCGCGUUUGCCAGGACCUUCCUUCAAGCGUUCCGCCUGCUCUCCUUCCGCGUCCGUCCCUCCUCUGUCUUUGCAUCGAUUGCGCUCUGGGUUGUGUUUCUGCACAGCCUCGUGCCAUUUGCUGUAGCUCCAUUUGCGCGCUGGGUUGCACGCCUGGAGACUCGGCGUCAGGGGUUCAGCGGACUUGAUGGCUUGCAAGCCCUCGCGCUAACUGCUGUUGAAGCUUCCUUGACUGUGGUAAUAGGUGACAUGGUCCUUGCUUGUAUUCUCGGUUUUCUCCCAUUCUCACUGGGAAGGAUAAUCCUAUGGUGGAGCUCGUAUUUUAAUUUAAGCAAUGUGGAGGGAGUUGAGUUCUACACUUCAACAAUUUCUACCCUUCUAAUCGGAUAUGGAUUUAUCUUUACUGUUGGUGCUUGUUUUGCUGGUCUACAUACUCUUCAUCAUUACUUGAAGGGCGAGCAACUUGGGAUCGCACUUUUCAUUAGAAGGCUGAGUGGUAUGUUCUUCAGAGGGAUUGUAUAUCUAAUCACUGUUGCCAAUAUUGGUUUUAAUCUCCUAAACUUAAUGAUACUACGGCCGCUGUUCUUUGGUUGGUUGCUUGAUAUCUGCACUUCAAAAAUGUUUGGUGCAACAUUGUCUCAGAGGUUCAAAUUGCUGACUGCUUCAUCUUUAUCUUCUACUGCCCUUCAUUGGCUUCUUGGACACAUCUUCUUGAAUCUGCGUCCCAGAUUGAGCAGAUUUCUUCACAAGGUACUGAAGCUAGGAGUUACCAUUUCCUUUUCCUCUGUCCACCAUAAUGUUUACGAACCCUUUUACACGUUUUACUUGAAGAAGCUUCUUUGUCUUCUGGUUGACACUAUCUUUGUUGCUCUGGUCGUUUUUGUUCCUAUUGAAGUUGCUGACCGAUUGUCGCCAGAGGUGUUCCCACUAGAUAUCACCUACUUCGAUCGUCCUGGCAAGGGCACGUCAGUUUGGCAAGGGCCGCAAAAGUAUGCAGUGUCACUUUCUGCUAUUCUUCAUAUCAGGUUUCUCAUUAGCAAUACAAUGGUAUACCUGGAGUGGCUAGUGGAGAGGGUAAUUGGGUAUUGGUUUGUCACUUCUGGAAAGGCUCUUGGGAGUAAUGAUGCACCAAAAGACCAGAAUGGUAGCAGUGAUGAAGCUAAUGAUAAAAGCAGGACAUUUGUUGUAGUUAGGACAAUGCUUCGUGUGGUCCUAGCAUGGUUGACUGCUGUGAUAUUCAAUACUGCUAUGAUUUUCUGCCCGAUCUCAGUUUGGCGUGCACUGUUGUUUGCCAUCCCUCAGCUGCCAGUAGCAGACGAAUUGAAGUCCAAUGAUCUAUUUGCUAUUGCGGUUGGCUUCUUCAUCAUAUCAACUAUUGUUGCCACCUUUAGAGAUAUAUUUGCCUGCAUGACUUUUAGGGGACCAUGGCUGGUAGAUUUGAAGAGGCAUCUGCUUGUAUUCCUAUGGAUGGUCGUUGCGCCCUACAUGAUGGGUUUGCUGGUUGAUUUAUCUCUGAUAUCACCCUUCAUUGGGCCCGAUGACGAUUUUCCAGUUCUGGACUUUUUCUGCACUUGGUCUCUAGGGUGGCAAGUGAAGAAUUUAUGGAUGAACAUGGCCCGUUUCACGGCUGCCGCACCUUUCCUGGCCUAUUUCAUCGAUGAAAGGUGGGACGGGAAACUUACCCAGGCAAGGGUUGAUUGGUCUUCAGGGGCGAUAUCACUGUCAUGGUUCUUUCAAGAUAUAUACAUCCCUGUUGCCACGAAGCUACUCGCUGCUCUGGGCCUCCCUUACUUGCUUGCCAAGGGGCUCUUCCCAAGACUGGGCUGCUCUGCCGCCGUGAACUCGACGGUCUACCGUUUCGCGUGGUUGAGCAGCCUUGGUUUUUAUGUCAUCUGCUAUCUUGGCAAGGUGUUGUGCAUCAAGCUCCAUGACUCUAUCAGGGAUGACCACUAUAUCAUCGGCGAGAGGUUGCAAGACAUCGCUGACUGUAGCUGAAA